AUGUUUAAAUUUUCCGCUGCUAGGAGACAAAGUAAGAUGUUUAUAUUUUCCACCACCAGGAGACAAAGUAAGAUGUUUAUAUUUUCUGCCGCUAGGAGACAAAGUAAGAUGUUUAUAUUUUCCACCGCUAGGAGACAAAGUAAGAUGAUUAUAUUUUCUGCCGCUAGGAGACAAAGUAAGAUGUUUAUAUUUUCUGCCGCUAGGAGACAAAGUAAGAUGAUUAUAUUUUCUGCCGCUAGGAGACAAAGUAAGAUGUUUAUAUUUUCUGCCGCUAGGAGACAAAGUAAGAUGAUUAUAUUUUCUGCCGCUAGGAGACAAAAUGGAGUUGUCCAAUGUAUCUGUGUUGUGAAGGUGCCGGGAGUAGGAAUCCUCCAUCAUCCCCUUCAUCCAGAUACAACCAUGAUACAGAAAAAUGGAGAAAAGGGUUGGAAAGUGGAGGGGAUAGAUCUGGAGCCUAUUGAACCAAUGAAGAAAUGGAGAGUUCGGUAUAAUGGAGAUAUGGUGCUAGGACAACCAGAAAAUUCAAAUGUAGAUAUCCCAACCUACCACAGAGUGAACUUAGAUGCUGUUUACACAUCCGACCUUGAAUAUUUUGAUUUUGAUUCUGAUAUGGAGCCAAUGGUUAUCUCACGAGCUAUGGCUAGAGAACCAUGGUCUGCAGCAUACUUUCAAAAACUACGGGCUGCACAUCAAAAUCAUUAUGAACAAUUUGGAACUGUUUCGGGCAAGCUAACAAUUGAUCAGACUGAGUAUGAUAUUGGACUAAGCACAAUGCGAGAUCAUACUCAUGGUUCAUCAAGAGAUUGGAAAUUAAUGCAUAGAUACGGUCUACAUAACUUUACAACAAGUUCUGGUUUACGAGGUUUUCUAGGUAUAGUUAGUCAGCCCGGCAUCUUCUCUACUUUAGAGCUUGGAUACAUCUACACUCCUGACAAACAAAAACAUGCAGUACAGAUUCAAGGCUGGAGAUAA